GUCAGCAGCAGCAGCAGAGCGUCGACUGCCCGCCCUCCUAAUAAUCCCCGUAACUUUUCUAAUCGCGUCGCGGUGUACCGCCGUGGUUGUCGUGGCCAGGGUGGGAGGGGGUAAAAUGGCAGCGACCGCCUCAGUCAUUCCGCGGUGUCCGUGGUCUUCGCGACUCCACCUCGACUAGCAGCUCUUGUGAUCGCGCGUGUCUCCAUCAACCACGUGUCGCGACCCGCGGCAUGUGACCUCCGAACCGCCACCCGAUGGACUGUGCCGAGCGCGACUGCAGGCUGCGCCAGUGCACCGCCACCGACUUCUCCAUAGCCGCCAUCAUGGCCCGACCCGACACGCGACCCGAGGAUGACGACGACGACGACCGCGACUCCACCUCCGGACGCGAUCUGACCGCCACCGUCACCGCCCCCACCUCGCCCCCAACCAACAACAAUAACAACUUCCCCUCCGUCUCAGAUGUGUCGAUAUCGGCAGCAUCCCGGAGGAGAAGGUGUAGUCCUGUUGAGUUUAAAAGGGACCGGGAGACACCUCCUGAGAUAUCUUCGUCGACUCCCUGUGAAGAGCCAAUACCAAACCCCUUGCUCCAGGAACGGUGCAAUUGUGAAGAGCUGAGAAACGUCACUUGUCAGCUCGAAACUAAGGACCUUUGGGAUAAGUUCAACGAAUUAGGAACUGAAAUGAUCAUCACAAAGACUGGCAGACGAAUGUUCCCCACGUUGCGAGUAUCGUUCUGUGGACUUCAGCCGGACCAAAGGUACGCGGUUCUAAUGGACAUAGUGCCGGUGGAUAAUAAACGGUACCGCUACGCCUACCAUAAAUCGUCAUGGCUGGUGGCGGGCAAGGCGGACCCCCCCGCCCCCUGCCGCCUCUACAUGCACCCCGACUCCCCCUUCACCGGCGAGCAGCUCAGGAAGCAGGUUGUCUCCUUCGAGAAGGUCAAGCUCACCAACAACGAAAUGGACAAACUUGGACAUCUGGUGUUGAACUCGAUGCACAAGUACCAACCUCGCAUCCACCUGGUGAAGCGACCCGAGCAUUUGGUCUCCACAGCCAUCACCGACCUCGAGGCUGAGGAGUACAAGACGUUUGUCUACCCCGAGUCUAUAUUCACCGCUGUCACCGCCUAUCAGAACCAGUUGAUCACAAGGUUGAAAAUAGAUAGCAACCCCUUUGCCAAAGGCUUCCGAGACUCCUCCAGAUUAACGGAAUUUGAGAGGGAGACGAUGGAGAGCAUCCUGACGGAGCAGCAUAGCUUCAUGCGACCGUCAAUGUUGGACGGCGGCAACCUGUCGAUGGAGGACCGCGUACUGUUAGCGGCACGCUCGCACCUGUUCCUGCAAGCAGCAGCCGCAGCACCCUACUCCAUGCUGGGUCCGAUGGGAUCGCUGUACGCGGUCGGCCAGCAGUACCCCGGGGGCGGCCCUUCGCCGCCUUCACCGCUCUGGAGCCAGCAGUGGGCCUGCCUCACCGGCCGCCUCGCCGCCCCUCACCUUCUGGCCACCCAGCACCUGGCAGCUGCUGCCGCCUCCACCUCAGUGCCCGGCCCGCUCUACCCCCGCCUCACACAGCAGCGCUUCAGCCCCUACUGCCGCCCCAUGCCCCUCAACCCCACCACCGUCUCGCCCGUAUCCUCGCCCGAGAUGCUCAGAGACACCUCCGAUGCCUCUCCGCAUAGUCCUUCGUAGGAGGCGCAUUUCGCACAAUCCAUUCAAGCAGUUGUUAUGUUCUAGGGACAAGUGCUACUGAGAUACUCUAGUGGAGUGAUAUGUUCUAAUCAGAUUCUUGAAUGCUUUUGGAUUGAGUAAUUAAUAAUAAUUACAAUUGAUUAAUUUUUUAGGUGGUUUGAAAAUUUGAUGUAAAUUAAUAACGAGCUUUUAUUCUUCCAAAGAGCGAGGUCAUUUGAAAUAGCAAUAUUUUUGCCAAAAAAUACGAGAUAAAAAAAUAAAAAGUUACUAUAUAUUUGGAAUAAAUUAGGACAGACAGCUAAGUGGACUUGAGUAAUAGUUAGUUGCUCUGACUAGAAACUCUUUGAAGGAAGGAUAAAUUGAAUUAUGUCCACUUCUUGUAAACUGGUGAAUAAUUUUGAGAUCUCGAUGAAAGUAGAAAAUUUUCAAUUUUAGUUUCUAGAGAUUUCUAACAACUUAUCUAAGAGCAUUUUGGAAACUGAAACAGUGCAGUGUGGAAAUUAUUGUUGUGAUGAAGUGGAAUAUAGUAGCCUGAAUACUGUUUGAGAGUUUUCAAGUGAUGAACUUUUCUACAUAAUAUAUUUAUGUUAGCGUCACUUGUAAAAUGUCGAAAAAUUGUUUGUAAAUAUAGUGCUUCGUAAGAGUCUACCGAGUGGAAGGAAUUUAAAAUUCGUUUAGUUAGCUGUGAUAUUGAGUAUGCUUUAUGCAUUUGAUAGUUUUUCUACUUCAGUGAUGGUGAUUCAGUUAUUCACACAAACUACCUUGGUUUAGAUCCAGGAAACAACAUCCUCAUUAAAAAGUCUGUCCAAGAUCUUUUCACAUUUUUAAUAUUUUUCUCAUUAUUCAAACGCAUUGUCACUGAAACUUAACUCAAAAUAAAAGCUAUAUAGCCCAGUACUGAGAAAUAUUUCCAAUUCCUAUGUGUGUGAGUUUGAGAAAGUUACGGAAUUCUAUAGACUUUUAUUCAAAAGAGAUCUUGAGGCACCUUUAGAAAUGAAUAUGUUAACGACCCAAUGAAAACUCAGAUUUCUCCACCUUCUUACGAAUAAAUUUUUAUACCUUGAUGGAAUUGACAAUUAUAUUCAGAAAUUGUGUUGAGAAUUUUCUUUAGUUCCUCUUCUCAGAAGAGUAGCUUUGUAUUUAUAAUUUUAUAGCAAAUUUUAUCAGAAAGUUCAAAAUUUAUUAGAGUUGAAUGGUAGCGGGUGGAAUAACUGACACGGAAUAAGUGAAUAACUUAAUAUAUUAAUGUAAAUUACAUUAAAAUUGUGACUUGUAUAGAGAAAAGUAUAAUGUUUGUGAUUCCGUUUAAUUAACAAUCUAUUUAUAAAAAAUAUACUUUACAGAAAUACAGAUUUGUAACUGCAAUAACUGUUGUGGUGUAUUAAUGGCAGUUCCAUAAUACGUAUUUUGACUGUAUGGAAUCUUGUUGUUUGAGUUGGUACAUGGAAACUGGGUUAAUGUGAUUUUCAUUCUAUUUCAACAUAAUUAAGAUUGUAACUAUUAUAGUAUGAUUUGUUAUAUUUUUCGGAUAAUGUUCCCAGAUUAUUAUCUAAUUGUAAAUUUAUCUUGAAUGUUCUGGUAUAAUCUUACCAGGAAAAUUAGUUUCUUGAGAUAAACUGCAGUAUUAUAAAUGGAUUAAAAUAGAAUAUUAAAUAUCGCACAAUAUUUGUUGUUUUUCCAUACUAUCUAUAUG